GGAAAACCAGUACUAUAGUACCACCUCCUCCUCUCUCUCUCCUCGUGUAACACACACCGUCCGAUCAACAAACUUGAUCAUCGCUACAUCACCAUGCCGAUCAGAAACAUCGCCGUCGGUAGGCCCGCGGAGGCAACUCAACCAGACGCCUUGAGGGCGGCCUUGGCUGAGUUCAUAUCAACUCUAAUCUUCGUCUUCGCCGGUUCAGGUUCAGGUAUCGCCUUCAACAAGCUUACCGACAACGGUGCCGCCACUCCUGCCGGUCUCAUCUCCGCCGCCAUCGCCCACGCUUUCGCCCUCUUCGUCGCCGUCGCAGUCGGAGCCAACAUCUCAGGUGGACACGUCAACCCCGCUGUCACCUUCGGCGCCUUCGUCGGAGGUAACAUCACCCUCCUACGUGGCAUCCUAUACUGGAUCGCUCAGCUCCUCGGCUCCACCGUCGCCGCCUUGCUCCUCAAAUUCGUCACCGGUGGAUUGGCUGUUCCAACAUUCAAUCUAUCAUCUGGAGUUGGAGUAUGGGAAGGAUUGGUGUUCGAGAUCGUGAUGACCUUUGGAUUGGUUUACACAGUUUACGCUACAGCCGUUGAUCCCAAGAAGGGCAAUUUGGGAAUUAUUGCCCCCAUCGCUAUUGGUUUCAUCGUGGGUGCUAACAUCUUGGCCGGUGGGGCCUUCGAUGGGGCCUCGAUGAACCCAGCAGUGUCGUUUGGGCCUGCUUUGGUGAGCUGGAGCUGGGAGAACCACUGGAUCUACUGGGCCGGGCCUUUGAUCGGCGGUGGUAUUGCUGGGCUCGUAUAUGAGUUCGUCUUCAUCUCCCACACCGGCCACGAACAGCUCCCAACCACCGAAUACUAAGCCAUUUGACGAUCCUUAUUCCCGGCUUGGUGUAUUUAUUUGGUUUCGAGGGUUCAUUUUUAUUUUUAUAUUUUGUGUUUAAUCUCCACCGUUGAUCUUUUCAUCUUCUCAACAAAAUCUAAUCAUUGUGAUCUAUACCAUCUCAAUGUUUUGCCCUGUAUUGCAUUAUUGUGUGUGAUUAUUCCAUGGAAGACAGGGUGCCUGAAUUGAUCAUUUCUCAGUUGUAUUUAUUAUUCUAGUUUAUUUUCUUCUUUGUAAUUUAAAUUUAAUUCCCUUUUA